AUGUAUCUCUCACUCCUCACAACCGCAUCACUCCUCGCCCUCACAGCCCUCGCCAUCCCCGUCCCAGACCCCCUCGAAGAAUACAAACGCGCCGGUCCAGCCGCCGGCGUCAUCAUCACAACCUGCACCUCACCAGGCCAACUCGCCCUCGCCUACGACGACGGGCCCUACCAAUACACGCAGACGCUCGUCAACACGCUCAACGCCGGCGGCGCAAAGGCCACCUUCUUCCUCACCGGCACACUGUACGGCUGCAUCUACGCGCAGGCCGCAGCCAUCAAGUCCGCGUUUGCCAGCGGCCACCAGCUCGCGUCCCACACAUGGACGCAUCCGCAGAACUUUGGCUCGCUGACGCCGGCGCAGCUGACUGCGGAGAUGCAGCAGCUCGAGCAGGCGUUUGUGAAUAUAGUGGGCAGGAAGCCGACUUAUAUGCGCCCGCCGUAUCUGGCUACGGGCGGCAGUGUGCUGGGCACAAUGAAGACGCUGGGGUACAGGGUCAUUACUGACGAUGUGGACUCGGAGGAUUGGAAUGGGAAGACUGUGGCGCAGAGCGAGGCGAAGUUUACGGCGGUGGGCGCGGGUGGAAAUGGUCAUAUUCCGUUGAUGCAUGAGACGUAUGCAACGACUGUGAAUCAGCUGACCCCGUGGUUGAUCAACUGGGCCAAACAGAACAACUUGAAGCUGGUGACAGUGGCUGAGUGUUUGGGAGAUCCCACGGGAGCCUACCAAGCACAAAAUUUCACUGGUAAUGGGCGAAAUAGUUGCUAG